ACAGUUGCCCCGGUGAGGGAAACGGAGGCGCCAUAGCCACGGUAGUCGUGGCGACCAAGCAACCCGGCAACGCGAGUCAACAACAACAACUGCCCGGCCGACCCCCACCCCCACCCCCCCGGUCUGGCCCGGGGACCCUGGCACGUCCCGUCCCACUCCCAACAUCUCCUCCAAGACCUCUGGAAAGCCCUUCUGUGGACAGAAGUGGGGAGAAGCCGAGGAAUAAAAAAAAAAAGCCUUAUUAUUACCAUUUUCCCCACUGUUGGCAUGGCAACACAGGCAUACGUUACGGAGCUACAGGCAGCCCCACAACCCUCCCAGCCACCACAGGCCCCGCCACAGGCUCAGCCCCAGCCACCGCCACCACCAUCAGUGGCACCCCAGCCCCCCCAACCCCCCGCCACCGCCACCACCCCCCAGCCUCAGUAUGUCACCGAGCUGCAGAGCCCCCAGCCCCAGGCGCAGCCACCAGGAAGCCAGAAGCAGUUUGUGACGGAGCUCCCAGCUGCCCCCACGCCCUCACAGCCGGCUGGCACACCCGCCCCGUCCCCAGUGUCCCAGCAGUACAUCGUGGUCACCGUGUCGGAAGGUGCCAUGCGGGCCAGUGAGACUGUGUCGGAGGCCAGUCCGGGCUCCACAGCCAGCCAGACCGGAGUCCCCACUCAGGUGGUUCAGCAGGUGCAAGGCACCCAGCAGCGACUGCUGGUCCAGACGAGUGUGCAGGCAAAACCGGGCCAUGUGUCACCCCUCCAGCUCACCAACAUCCCCGUGCCCCAGCAGGCUCUCCCUACGCAGCGGCUGGUGGUGCAGAGCACAGCCCCAGGUGGCAAGGGCAGCCAGGUCUCCCUGACCGUGCAUGGCACCCAGCAGGUGCACUCACCCCCUGAGCGGUCGCCGGUGCAGGCCAACAGCAGCUCCAACAAGACAGCUGGGGCCCCCACAGUGCCACAGCAGCUGCAGGUCCACGGCGUCCAGCAGAGUGUCCCCGUCACUCAAGAGAGGUCUGUGGUCCAGGCCACUCCACCAGCACCCAAAGCCAGCCCUGUGCAGCAGCUCACGGUGCAGGGGCUCCAGCCAGUCCACGUGGCUCAAGAGGUGCAGCAGCUCCAGCAGGUGCCUGUUCCACAUGUGUACUCCAGUCAAGUGCAGUAUGUGGAGGGCGGGGACGCCAGCUAUACGGCCAGUGCCAUCCGCUCCAGCACCUACUCCUACCCUGAGACGCCGCUGUACACGCAGACCGCGGGCACCAGCUACUACGAGGCGGCGGGCACAGCUGCCCAGGUCAGCACGCCCGCCACCUCCCAGGCAGUGGCCAGCAGCGGCUCUGUGUCCAUGUACGUGUCUGGCAGCCAGGUUGUCGCCAGCCCCACCAGCAGCGGGGGAGGGGCCAGCAACAGCAGCAGCGGCGGCAGUGGUGGCAGUGGCAAUGGCGGUGGGGGUGGUGGUGGUGGCAGCAGCGGCAGCGGCAGUGGAGCAGGCACCUACGUGAUCCAAGGUGGCUACAUGCUGGGCAGUGCCAGCCAGUCUUACUCCCACACCACCCGUGCCUCACCAGCCACGGUCCAGUGGCUCCUAGACAACUACGAGACGGCUGAGGGUGUGAGCCUGCCCCGGAGCACCCUCUACUGCCACUACCUGCUACACUGCCAGGAGCAGAAGCUGGAGCCCGUCAACGCCGCCUCCUUUGGCAAACUCAUCCGCUCUGUCUUCAUGGGCUUGCGCACCCGCCGUCUGGGCACCAGGGGCAACUCCAAGUACCACUACUAUGGCCUACGCAUCAAGGCCAGCUCUCCCCUGCUGCGGCUGAUGGAGGACCAGCAGCACAUGGCCAUGCGGGGCCAGCCCUUCUCACAAAAGCAGAGGCUCAAGCCCAUCCAGAAGAUGGAGGGCAUGACCAACGGUGUGGCCGUGGGGCCGCAACAGGCCACCGGGCUGUCAGACAUCAGCGCCCAGGUCCAGCAGUACCAGCAGUUCCUGGAUGCCUCAAGGAGCCUCCCUGACUUCUCAGAGCUUGACCUCCAGGGCAAAGUGCUACCUGAGGGCAUCGAGCCCGGGGACAUCAAGGCUUUCCAGGUCCUGUACCGGGAACACUGUGAGGCCAUCGUUGAUGUCAUGGUGAACCUGCAGUUCACACUGGUGGAGACGCUAUGGAAAACCUUCUGGAGGUACAACCUCAGCCAGCCCAGUGAGGUGCCACCACUGGCCGUGCACGAUGAGGCUGAGAAGCGCCUGCCCAAGGCCAGCCUGGUGCUGCUGUCCAAAUUUGAGCCUGUGCUGCAGUGGACCAAGCACUGUGACAACGUGCUGUACCAGGGCCUGGUGGAGAUCCUUAUCCCCGACGUGCUGCGGCCCAUCCCCAGUGCCUUGACCCAAGCAAUCCGGAACUUUGCCAAGAGCCUGGAGAGCUGGCUUACCCAUGCCAUGGUGAACAUCCCAGAGGAGAUGCUGAGGGUGAAGGUGGCAGCCGCCGGCGCCUUCGCACAGACGCUGCGGCGCUACACGUCGCUCAAUCACUUGGCGCAGGCUGCGCGCGCUGUGCUGCAGAACACGGCACAAAUCAACCAGAUGCUGAGUGACCUCAACCGCGUGGACUUCGCCAACGUACAGGAGCAGGCCUCGUGGGUGUGCCGCUGCGAGGACCGCGUGGUGCAGCGGCUGGAGCAGGACUUCAAGGUGACGCUGCAGCAGCAGAACUCACUGGAGCAGUGGGCAGCCUGGCUGGACGGCGUCGUGAGCCAGGUGCUCAAGCCCUACCAGGGCAGCGCCGGCUUCCCUAAAGCCGCCAAGCUCUUCCUCCUCAAGUGGUCCUUCUACAGCUCCAUGGUGAUAAGGGACCUGACCCUGCGCAGCGCGGCCAGUUUCGGCUCCUUCCACCUCAUCCGGCUGCUCUACGAUGAGUACAUGUACUACCUGAUCGAGCACCGCGUGGCCCAGGCCAAGGGCGAGACCCCCAUCGCUGUUAUGGGCGAGUUCGCCAACCUGACCACCUCGCUGAACCCCCUGGACCCAGACAAAGAUGAGGAGGAGGAAGAGGAGGAGGAGAGCGAGGACGAGCUGCCGCAGGACAUCUCGCUGGCUACUGGCGGCGAGUCGCCUGCUCUCGGCCCCGAAGCCCUGGAGCCGCCGGCCAAGUUGGCGCGGACGGACGCGCGCGGCCUCUUCGUACAGGCGCUGCCCUCCAGCUAAGCCAGCGACCUGCCCCUUCCUGCCCCCCCCCCCCCCCCCCGCCCCCGUCCACGCCAGGGUCCUUCACAGCUUCUGUGGCUUCGCUGUCCGCCCUCCAGACUCGGCCAGGUCCAGGAGGGGCCCUCUGAGACAGAGAAUGCAAGGGGGGGGGUCCCUGCCCCUAAUGGGGCCGGCACAAUCACAGGGGCGGGCGAAGCCGCAGCUGCAAACUCUGACACAAAAGACGUGCCUUAAGGAACCCGCCGCUGUGCCCAGGUGCCCCUUGGGGCAGCCAGUCGGCCCCUUGGCCCCGAAGGCCGCAGCCUCUCCCUCCCCCAACCCGCCGUCCCGCCACCCCUAGGGGGCAGGCAGGCAGGCCCCCUUCCCUGCGGAACUGUUAACUUAUUCAGCUCGCUGGCUUUGCACAGCCUGUCCCGGGCCCAGCCCUGAGCCCCGGGUGGGCCCAGGUGGGCAUCACCUAGGGACCCCCCCACUGUCAGCAGUAGCCCUGGGACCCCUCCCCCAACAACCCCACCGCCCCCCCCCUUGGUAUAAGUGCAAUUAAAGUCGUGGGUGUCGCAUCUUCUCCAGAGCUAGGCCCUCCCUUGCCCCGCAGCCCUAGAGGGGGUACUGCCCGGAGCUGCUUGGCUUUGAAGGGAGGGUGGCAGGGGGCACUGCCUCCAGCUUCCAAAGAGCAGCGGGCUGGGCCGGGUGCUGGAGCCCACAGGGGCCUGCUGCCGGCAGUGGAGCUCCGCUCACUCAGAUCCAAGACCCCUGAGCCCCCCUCCCGCCACUGGUUUGUAAUGGAACCUCCGUGCUUCUCCGUGCUGUGCGCCCCCCACCCCCAUGACUAUUGUGUGAUUCGUGAGCGCCGCCUGAGCGGAGUCGGUAACUUGUUGGGUUUUUUUCCAACCAUCAUGGCCUUAUCUGUUCUGGUUUUCUCAGUGUUUCAACCUGUGAGAUAGAUGUUUAUGGCAAAAAGGAAAAAAAAAGAAAAAAAACCUGACCUAUUGUAUAAAAAUCACUAUUUUGUGUGCUCCGCGUGCUGCAGGCUUUUGGGGUGGCCCUCCCACUCCCCUCCAUGUCCUCGGGCCUCCCCUCCCAGCGGUGAAAGUGUCCCCGCGUGUGGUAGUCUAGUGUGCUGAGCCGUUUUCUACCUUUUUGUAGUCUUUCUUAAAACAAUAAAUUCUGCUGUGAUA